GCCGGGAGUGGGAGAGUGCUCAGCGUCCGAUAUAACACGUAGGAGAGGUUGAAACGGUAUAUUUCGAAUUGCGGGGCGGGGGUUGAGUGAAAGGGAGGCGUUAUCCGGCAACUGAUGCUCAGGAUUCGCUGUGUGGGAGGGACAAGGAUCGAGUCCAUUUAACGGGAGCAAGGAAGGCCGGCUCCGGGCUGCCUGUCAGCAGGGGCGUGGAAGGGGUUGCUGUUGUCGAGUCGUGCUGCAGUCGGCGCGCCUCCCCGGCCAUGGCGGCCGCCGUGCUCCGGGUGAAGCGGAAGCGCGGCGCCGACGCUGCGGAGGCCCUGCUUCUGGCCUGUAAACGACCCCGGGCUGGUGGUGAGCCCACCGCAGGAGAGCACGUCGUGCGGACCCUCUUCAGGCUCGCGGCUACUGUCGGCUCCCAGGAUGACACUGUACAGAGGCAUUUCAAAGAAGCUAUCGCCAAGGACAAGGCACUGUUGGCUUUUCACCCCACUAACACGAGUGCCCAGCGUGUCCAGCACAGCAUGCGAGCCUCUUGCCAGGCGGCCAGCCAAGUGGGCCGCUAUAAAGUUGUUGCAAGCCAUAGAAGAAAUAUUUUGAAAUCUCAUGUGGGCGAUGAGACUGAUCAUGAGUCCGGAACAGAAACCUUUGGAGCUCAGGUUGAAGAAAGAGAUAACCAGAAGAAAAGCAAUACAGCUUCUGGAAGUAGCCAAGAUAGCAAUGGGUCUUCAGAGGAAAUUGAAGUGUUUGACAUUGUCCAGCAUGAAGAGGACAAAACUGACUCAAAGCACAGACAUUGUGAGGAUUCUGGUCCAGGAGAGGAUGAUCCACAGACAAUUCUGUGUAAUUCUGUUAAGAUGAUCCGGGAGAAACUUGCUGUGUCAGAUUGUGGACUUGGGGCAGAGCACCGAGAGAAUAUGGAGGAAUAUGUUUAUGACAUAUAUUAUACUGACGGCUACAUUAGCGGAGGUGGAAUCCAAGACAUUCUCUCAGUGGUACCAUAUAAUGAAGAGAAUGAACUGAUUAGUGAUGAGGUGACUAUGGAUGAAACAUAUGAGGAUGAAGAUGAUGAGAAUGAAGAAAAUAAUUGGCGGAAUGAUUAUCCUGAUGAGGAUGACUGGAAUCGAGAAGAGAAUACAGAUGGAGAAUAUGGCCACUUCUCCAGUGAAGAAGAGGAUUCAUUUAAUUUCUGAAAUCAGUUCUCUCUCAAUGAAAAAUGGAUAUUGGAUCAAAAUUGGAAGGCAGUUUCUAUAAAUAUUACUUUUGGAUUCAUAAUAAUAAAAAUCAAAAUUUGUUUGAAUUGAA